UACACUGGCCAGCAAGGAUACAUAGUCACUCAGUUUCCCCUGACGGACACAAGAGCAGACUUUUGGACCCUAGUGAUGGACUACAAAUCUGAUACUGUCGUCAUACUAGGAGACCCCAGACAGCCUGCACAGUGGAUCCCUGCCGACGAAGAAGAUGUUAGCAUCAAUGACUUCAACGUAAAACAAAAUGGGACAUCGACGGAGGUCAAUGGCGUGGAUGUGAUUGAUGUAUUAGUAAAUCGGAAGAAUGAAAAAACUGCACAUAGUGCAAGACUUUUCCAAAUGAAGGAAUGGACAAUGGAGGUUCCUCCGUCGAAACAAUCCAUCCUUCAUCUUCUUGAGCAGGUGGAAAGCAGGCGUCGGUCUAAUGACAAUAAACCUGUUAUAGUGACGUGCGGAGAUGGAACAACACAGUGUGGGCUAUUUUGCCUCAUGGCAAACACUCGGGACCAGCUAAAGAUGGACGAGGAGGUUGAUGUAUUUCAGGCCGCACGACAGCUUCUCGUCAGACGACCAGAGUUUCUAAGCUCGUUUGACCAGUAUCAGUUCUGCUAUGCGAUUCUCAAAGAUUACCUGGAGGCCACUGAAGUUUACAUCAACUAACUGAGGAUGAUUAUAAUCUAAUCAGUAGACUGAUACAGUAACUGAGAAAUGUGUUGGAAUCGGGGUAGAGGCUACAGAUGUGUGUUCAUAAAGUAAGACUUGUACAACAGAACACUUGCUACUGCUAGCCAUGUACUGACACUUUUUUUAGUAGUUACCGGUGUGCCCAUUCACUACGGAUUAUUCCUGUAAUAACAGAUAUGUGGGAGGAAGUGAAACGAUGCGUUCAUGCACAGGAGUAAAACAAAGGAUAUUCUACCCGAAAAAUUCCCAAAUAAGCUAAAAUCCGAAUAAAAAUGAACCCUUUUCUUCCGAUAAUGCGGAUAAAUCACAUUUUUAGUUUCCAAUUACAUCACAUCAAAAUCUUCCGUCUUUAUAUUUUCUCAAUUCGUUUGACGCAACGUCAUGUUUGUCCCAUUUUAAAAGUCUGGACCUGUAAUGGAAUGUUUGAUAUAUAUUUCUUUAUUCCGUUCUGUCCCUUGAAUAGUAUAUAAUAUAAGCUGGAGAAUGAGAAAAAGUGUUCUAUUGGGCUCGCAGUCAUUAGUCAAUGAGAUUUGCGUAUUUCAAGUAUAUUAUCUACAUUAUAAUUAGUUCUAGUUUAACACUUUAUAUUUUUAUUAAAUUCCAUUUUUUUAUUUUUAUCAUUAUUCAUUUUUUGCUUGCAUUGAUACAAGUUUUCUUUCACCUGUAAUAUGCUUGUAAUCACUGGAAGAUGUUGAUUUUAUCAUA